AGAAAAAAUUUGCUUACUUUUGAUAUAUAUAAAGUGAUUGUUUCCAGUGUAAAAUUAAUCAAAAUGUAGGCAGGAUAAAUAAAGUCAUAAUUUGUUAGUGCCAAUGCAAGUACUCAUCGAUCAGAAUCUGAUGAUAUUAAUGCUGAACAUUCUUAUAGGAAAGAAAGAACAUAUAAUACUAAUUUAUCUAUUUAGAUAAAGCAAGAACAAGUUAGUCAAUAGCAAGAUUAACCAUGUAAUUAGAGUUAACUUUAAAUAAAUAAAAAAAUAUUUGAGAAGCUGCCUGAAGCUAAUUAGUUGCUUCCAAAAAUGAGAGAACCAGUAGAAAAAGCAAAAUUAGCUUUAUGUAUUCCAAUUAUGAACUUACCUUCAUUUAAUGGUGCAGCACCUUAGCGCGAAGAGCUACAUAGGAGUAAAUCAGAAGAUUGCAUUAAGCAAUAGUACAGCAUCAGUAAGGGAAAAAGCAGCUUGAAAAAAACGGGUUUAAAAAGCAAAUAAAAAAAUUCAUCACAAUAAAGCUAAUUAAUAUUUUAAAAUUCAUCAUAAGAUUAAAUCAAUAAUAAACAAGAUGACAUAUAGAAAAUGCAAAAUAAUAAUAAUUUAAGAGUAAAGCAUAUUUCAUUGCAUUAAUAAGCAUCAGAUUAAGAUGAUAAUUCUAAAGUAAAUUUAAAAAAAAGAGGCUUUAGCAAUGAUCAAAAAGAAUCAAUAAAAAAGAUAUCAUUUAAAAUUCAAAGUUCUGGCAAUAAGCUGAGAGAAAAUGAGACGAACAUUCAGAGAUAUUUCCUUAAAUUAAACGUCAUUUAUAAAAAGUAUACAGAAAUUCAUUAUCCUGCAUAUAACUCUCCUACUAAUAAAGUGAAUACAGAGGAGAGCGAAAAAUAAAAAACAGAAGAGGAUGAAGAUUUUUCAAGUAAAAGCAAGAACAAAUCAAAAAAUAAAUAAAAGAAAGAGGCACUAUACUUGUCUAAUGUUGUGCAAUUUAACACUGUCUACUGUGAUUUGAGGAGGCUAAUUAAAUCUUAAAAUUAGUCAAAACUAAAUAUAAGUUCUAAUAGUACUAAUUAAAGUAUAGUAAAUGAUAGAUAUAUAAAAGUGUAAACUCCAUUAAGCGGUACCAAUCCAGUCAAAAAGCUAUUGAUCAAUUAAGAUAAUACAAGUAGCUAGCUGUAAACUUCUAAAAAUUAGGAUAACGCUAGUAAUCCUCAAAUUCAUGAAUUGGAGCCUUAUUAUAAAAAAAAGAAUCAAGCAGAUAGAACUUUAAUUUUUGAAAGCAGGUUUGAAAGUGGAAAUUUAUCUAUUGCUGCAAAAAUUAGUGAUGAAGAAUAUGAUCUUCUAUUAUAAAAUGAUAUUAACACUCAUGGCCACACUCAAUGGUUCUUUUUUAAAGUAAAAAAUACAUUCAGUGGAAGUCGUGUAAAAUUUAACAUAUUGAAUUUUUGUAAGAGUGAUUCUUUAUUUAAUUAAGGAAUGAAAGUACUAGUUUAUUCCAAAAUCCAAGCUAUUUCUCAAAAUAAAGGAUGGCAUCGCUCAGGUGAAAACAUCAGCUAUUACAAAAACAAUUUUAUAAGGAAACAAAACUGCUAACCGCCAACUUCUACGACAACAUAUUUCGCUGAAACAAAAGGCUAAUCUUUUCAAAAUAAAAAUUUUUAAAAGCAGUAAAAUUAUUAUAGCCUCAGUUUUACAUACUUAUUUGAAAAUACUGAAGAUGAGGUGUAUUUUGCUUACAAUUAUCCUUACACUUACUCAGAAUUGUAAGAAUAUUUAGACGAGCAAGAAAGUAUUAAAUCAGAUAUCCUAAAUAGACGAGUUUUAUGUAGAACGCUUGCUGGAAAUAGAAUUGAUCUUCUUACUAUAACUUCAAAAAGUGAUUAGUAUAAGAAAUAGGGUAUUAUUUUAAGUGCUAGAGUUCAUCCAGGUGAAACAGUAUCUUCUUUUGUUAUGAAGGGAAUUAUUGAUAAUUUGUUAAGUGAUACAGAAGAAGCACAGUCAUUAAGAGAAAGAUUUGUUUUUAAAAUAAUUCCUAUGCUAAAUCCUGAUGGAGUAGUGCACGGAAAUUAUAGAUGCAGUCUUUCUGGUUGUGACUUAAAUAGAAGAUGGAAAACUCCUCUUAAAACACUUCACCCAGAAAUAUAUCAUUUUAAAUAGAUGAUAUACAAUUUCUCUAACCAUAUCAAAUUAGCAUUAUUUUGCGAUUUGCAUGGACACUCUAUGAAAAAAAAUAUUUUUAUUUAUGGAUGCCAUGAUAAGCAAUAACCUCUUGCCUGCAGAGAGUUACCAUUUUUAAUGUCUAAACUUUAUGAGCCUUUUUCUUUUAGUGACUGCAAUUUUAUGGUUUAAAAAAGUAAGGAAGGCACUGCUAGAGUAGCCUUAUGGGAAGGGUUAAGAAUUCCAAAUAUUUUCACUCUGGAAUCCUCUUUUUGUGGUCCUUCUUACGAUGAUAUUCAUUUCCAAUAAAGUGAUCUUGAAAAAAUGGGUGCUAGAAUGUGUCAAGCAUUUUUAAUUUAUUUUAGACCUCAAAUAAAAGUUGAAACCGAAAGUGAUUCUUACCAUUAAAAAACUGAAAUUGUGAAGGAUAAAACUCUUUAUUCAAUACCAAAUAGGACUUCUUCGGAAUCUCUGUAUUCUCCAACUAGCAAAACAGAAUAGGCAUACAGAGGAAAUAACAAUAAAUUUGAUUCCAUAAAAAGCUAGCAAAAAUCAGUCAAUGUUUAAGAGGCUGCUAUAACACACAGCUAUACACCAACAAAGCAAAUUAGAAGUAUUUCGUUAGACGAUAGAAAUAUGAAUAAUACUUAAAUGCAUUUGGAAGAUUUGAGAAAGCAAUAUUUAAAUGAACUUUGGUCAAAAAGUGUUAGUGAAAUAGAGAAAUUAGGCAUGAAUGAAUCUGAUGAGUCUGAUUCUUGCCCUUCAGAUGAUAAUUUAGAUGAUAAAGAAAUCAGUAAGAUAUUUGACAAGACAUUAAAUUCUUACUAAAAGCUGACAAGUUAAAGAAAACGUAAUAUAAACAAUAAAGGCAAUAAAAAGCAAAGUUUUUUAAAUGGAAGUUUUAUGAAUAACUCUUAAUCUUAAAGCACUUCUCCUUCUAAUGGUUUAAAUAAUUAAUCAUAAAUAAUUAUGAAUGAGGAAUGUUCACCCUUUAAAAAGAAAGAAGCAGGAUGGAAUUCUUACUUUGGGAGAGGAAACAGCAGUUUGAUGUAAAAAAAAUUUUCCAUCUCUGAAGAAAAGCUUUAAGCUUAACAAAAAAUAAACAAAUAAUCUGAAUUAAGUUGUGAAAAUUCAAAUUAGAAUAGCUAAAAAAAGAACAUUUAGCAAUCUUAAAUAACUCUUGCUGCAGUCAAAAAUAAGGCUUUCAAUUUUUAGUGUGCCUCUCCUUAAGUACCUACUACUAGAUAGAGUCCAUUAAAUAGAUAUGAUGAACUUGCAAGUGUAAGUCCUAAAAAAAUAUUAUACUAUCAGCAGGUAAAUUCAAGAUAACUUCCUUCUUUACAAAAGACGAACUGCGGAACUUCGGCUAUCGAAAAUGAAAAUUGGAUUGACAAAAGACGUAUUAAGAAUUUGAAAUAACAAAAAUCAGAUGAUCAAUAGCCAUUUAUUGCAAAUACACUUUCUAAACAGAUAAAAUACCUUUAGCCUAACUAAUAACUUCAAUAGUAGCUAAUAUAGAAUUAGUAAGAUUUUUAGUAAAAAUAAAAAUUAAUGAAUUCAUAAUUCAUAGAUAAUUAGUAAAGUGAAUUUUACAAGGUAUUCUAAGACAAAAAUAGCAUAGUUAAACCUUAAUACCUCAAUUAAAAUUAACAAAUAAAUUAAAACCCAAUUCCAUACAAUUAAAUACAAACUAUGAAUCAGUAAAUUUAACAAUACAAUCACUAACGCUUAAGUCCUUAUAAAAGGAAGUACCAUAAAAAUCAAACUGGAUGUAAUUAAAAAUCUAAUAACAAUAAGUUUGCUUAAUUUGAUUCAAGUUACUUAGGAAAUUCUUACUUAGUUGAUAUGGAUAAAACGGAUUAAAAUGCUUCUAAUAAUUAUAAAAAUAACUUAUCUAAUAUUGAAUUUAGAGAUGAAAACGAAGAUUUAAAUCUUUUCUCAAAUCUCUAAAACUAAAGAAAUUUUCUUAAUUAGUCUAUGCUUCCUUCACUUUACACAUAUGAAAGUAAUGAAACAAAGCAUUAGUUCACAGAAAUUUAAAACGAUUACUUGAAUGCAGAUUUAUCUGACUAAAACUCCUACUAAAGAGCAAAUAAUUUGUAACAUUCAAUAUCGCCUAAGCAAGGAAAAAAUGCUUAGAAUAACAUUAUCUCAGCUGUUUAAAAUUAAAUAAAAAGGAAAACUUAAAAAGAUUUUGCUGUUUAUAUUCAUUAAGAUAAAUCAUAGCUUCAAAAUCAGUAGACUUAAUUUUAAAAUCAGUCUGUUGAGGAUUCCGUUAUAAGUACAAUGAGAUACGAAUAAUCUAAAAGCACCUAUUUUGAUCCAUUAAAAUCUUCUAAUUAACCAAGCCAAAUUUAAUUAAGCAAAAACCACAAUAUUCACUAUUAAGAGUAUGUAAAAUUUAAAAAUAAAAAUAAUCCAAAUGUUGGAAACCAAAAUGCUUUUAAUCAAACUUUGUCUUAACAAUCUUAUUAUGAGAAUCAAUAGGCUUAAAAAGUAGACAAGUAAACUUUAUGUACAAGCAGCUAAGAUUAUAAUAAUAACAAACUAGAUUCUUUGCUAAAUAUAAUAUCUGAUAUUCCAAUAAAAAUAAAAUUAAAUAAAAGUAAUUAUAAUGGCUUCAAUCAAAUAACAUCCUAGAUAAAUUAAAACAGUUAAUUCUUAAAUGGAGAUAAAAUUACUUAACAAAAUAUUGAAGAAUAAUAUCAAAAUGAAUAUAAUAACAAACUUUUAAGCUAAAAAACCCAUUUUUCUCUUGGAGUGCCAUCUAUUUCAGAAAAUCAAGCUUAAUUUAGUUUAAAGAAGAAAAAGAAGGCAGUUGAGUAAAUGAUGAAAAAAGAUUUGUAAAAUUAAAUAUUUAAUUAAAGAACUAUUACAAUAAUCAACACUUAAAAUAAUUAGCCUAAUUAAAGUUCAUAAAAAGAUAUUUUAGCUUAAAGUUCUAUUGUCAAUAGCAUUUUAGAUAACAAUUAAGUAACUCUAGAAUAAUAAACAAGUCUUUUUGAAAUUUAAAAUAAUUUAUAAAGAAAAUAUGAUUUUUAAGUUCAAAAUAAUUCUAUGAUAAAUUUACCUGAUAAUACAUAGUAAUAUAAUUAUUCACAGGAUAAAACUGAUAAAUUAGCUUAAUUAUAAAAUACAAUUUCGACCAAUAUUUAAAAUUACAAUUCUUCAAAAAAUAUUAGAUCCCAAAGCUGCACUAAAUAGUAGAAAGCAGCUAAAUUCUAAAAUAAAUAGCAGCAAAAUAAUAACGAAAUUAAUGCAAAAAAACUAAUUUUUUAUAGCAUAAAUGACUAAAAUUUAAAAUAAAUAGUAUGA